AUGUCGUUGCCAUGCAUUGAACUAGCAGAGACACCGUCCACAGAGGCCUUCCUCGCGAAUCCGAAGGACAAGAGCCUCGUACAGCCAGCGCUUGAUCUUCUCAAGAACUCGAAGGGCAUUGUCAAGAUCUACUAUGGUCUACAAUCUGAGGAGAGAAAGCAUUUCUAUUUGUACAACGCAAUCGCCGAUUGUUCACAUUUGAUUGCUCCGCCUGCAGUCUGGGAGAGGUUGCAGGACCACGAGAACCUUCAGGCAGAUGCGCACUGCUUGAAAGUGAUGGCAGGCGCGCCGGACCCGAUCCACAUCCAACCUACGGCGGAGCCUUACAAGGUGCUCGGUGCUCCUGCGACCGAGCUUGCGCUCAUCACGGCCAAGCCCGGAGUGUCACAGACAACAAUCGGGGAGAAGACGAAUGAGCUUGUUGCGAUUGCGAACGCGCUUCCCGCAGAGUGGGGCGUGAUUUCUGCCGUGUGGGGCCCUAUUGUUGAGAAGGAUGACGCUAUAGCUAUGAUCAUUGGAUAG